UUACAUCCCGCUGUGGUCAGACUCACUGUAUCCACCAGACUUCAACCCCAAGUUUCCCCUUGGUAAAGAACGCAUUUAUCUAAACAGCACUGGAUAGAAGAAGCUACAUCUCCGUGCGCAUUUUGGCCAUCUUUCAUCCUACAGUGGUCGUGGUGAUGUGUGACUGAAGAAGUCAUUAAAUGUUUGCCAAUUCAGUCGAGGACCUUGGCCUCCGUAAGCUAGUGCCACGGCCCCUCAAAACAUCCGAGGAGGAGUUAGGCUCAGAGGGGGUCACCGGGUACUUCAAACUAUUCGUGGUUCUCCUCCCCGUCCUUCUUUUCCUCUUCUGGGUUAUCCAUCUACGGAAAGAUGAUGAUGAGGUCUACGACGAGAUUGACUCAAACCUGGUCAACAGGUUCACAGAGGGAGUCACCCUCAACUACAAAUACCUCCAGCGCUUGGAGGGGCGGCUGGACAUGAAGAAGCUACAGAUAGACAGACUGAACGCUGAAGCGAACUUUGACCUCUCCUCCUGCUGCUGCUAUGGUUCUGACUCCUGCUCUGGUGGACCCUCCUGCAGCUACACCUCUGACUCCUGGUCUGAGAGGUCCUCCUGCAGAUACACCUCUGACUCCUGCUCUGGGAGGUCCUCCUGUAGCUACACCUCUGACUACUGCUCUGGGAGGUCCUCCUGCAGCUACACCUCUGACUCCUGGUCUGAGAGGUCCUCCUGCAGAUACACCUCUGACUCCUGCUCUGGGAGGUCCUCCUGCGGAAACACCUCUAGAACUAAAACACAUUCUAGAUCACAUUGUAGAUCUUCCGGAUCUUCUAGGUCCUCCUCCAGAUCUAGUGGUGGUGACUGCAGCACCUGCCGACACUGUAACAAACGGCCGGACAGGUUCCUGGGCGAUAGUCUGGAUAGUCCCUACCCAUUGAAUAGCCUGGAUUGCCCUCACCCAUUGGAUAGCCCCAGCUCAGUGGAAAGCCCCAGACAACCAUUUAGUCUUAGCCCACUACCAGGAGAUGAUAAGGGGCACGUCAGAUACUAUGGCUUCACGCAAGCCUCCAACACCUCCUGCCGUUCGACUCGCCACUCCUCUGAAAAUGCCUCCCAAUGGUCCUCUCCCAGCCCCUCGAGCUCCUCUAAGUACGUGAAUCCUUCUGACUCUCGGCUGCCUCUGGAGUAUCAUCAAAGCCCUCGGCAGCCUUCUAUUGGUUACUACGACACCACCAAGAUGGAGGACAAAGGGGACUAUGUUCCUGUGGUUGCUACUACUGUUAAAUCUUCACCUGGCUGCAAAGACCGCUCCAACCCCGCUGACUGCUCCGAGACUCAGAAGGCCAACUGUGUAGACCAUUCCAAGACUCCGAUGAAAGUGUUUGAGAUCGUUCCAGGGAAAAGUGACCCACCUGUCCUGCACAGCUGGAACCAACGACGCCUGGAGGUAAAUGUGCAACAGAAGGUAGCCCAUAAUGAGAGACUGAAGGGAGGAGGGACCAACACCACCUCUAACCUGACCCCUACCUCCACCCACCUCGAAACCACCCAGUCCACCUCAACCUCAUCUCAGGCUAAAACAAGAAGGAUCGCCAGGAAAAUCACCAGCCUUCCAGACUUCUCCCCGCAGCGUGUCAACAACCCUCCUAGUCUCAGUGGGUUGGAGGGUAAAGGUCAAGACAAGCCGUCCAUCCGGAUGUACCUGCAGGGUGGGGCCCAGAUCACCUUCAUCACCCAGGAUAUCCAGGAGAAGCUGGAGUCCCAUGUCCGGCGCAAGCAGAGCCAGCGCCUCUGGGGAUUCCCCAAGCUGGUCACCAGGUACGUGGGAGACCACCUUGCCGACCUGGCUGCCCAGGCCCCCUCCGCUUCCGGCGACAGCAAGGCGGUUAAGAUCCCUGGCAAGAUCAUGGGCAACGUGAGCGACCAUGUUGGCCGAGGGCAGCGAAACACAGAGUUGUGUUUCAGGCUGAGUAACAGGACAAGGCCAGGGGACGAGAGAGAGGAGACCCAGGCUACUAGUCCUGCAGCUACAGCCAAACUCAAGGACAAUUUAUACAGCUCACCUGCCAACAGCAGGCCUGUGGAGAAGACUCCCUUCACCAGCACCAGCACUACUCCCCAGCCAGCCGAGACCCACACUACCAGGCCCACCCAGACCAGCCGAUCUCUGGACGAGUCCUCCCUCCAGAUGGCCCUGAACCCAGUGACCCUGACCCAGGAGAGACGCCAGCUGGAGAUGCAUGUGAAGAGGAACUGUCUGGAAGUCAAGCUCAAACCCCUCCCUGGCAUGGUGGCCACCAGCCAGACAACCCUUUCCUCAGCAACCAGGCAGCCAACUAGGCAGCCCAUCCAGGCAGCAACCCUCGACCCUCUGAAAUGCCCUGCGCCACUAAGGCGGAGUGAUCCGUCGGCAGCGGAGGGAUACGCGUCUUCUAUGGACCCAGAGGCACCGAGGCGUCAGGAGGAGAAUCUGGUGAUGAAGCCCACAUCUUCGGCCACCCCUUCGACCUCCUCAGCCCACCCUCACAGCUCAGCUCUGGAGACUUGGACCGGCAUAGACACAGUCUCAGGACCCCGCUCUGCCUCCACCCCCAUACGACUGUUGUGUUAUGACACAGACACUGAAAAGCUUUUUGUGUUUACAACGUAGAUCUACAUGGACUAUUUGUUUUGGUACCAGACGAUUCAGAACUGAUACAUUUUCUUUAACUAAUAAAAAGGUUUUGAAUUUCG